ACAACAACAGGAAGUUGCCGGAGUCGAAGUGACCACUCCGCGUCGCUAUUUCCAUUCGUACAGCAUGUUCUGUUUGAACGCAAUGGUGGCGUCGAAGUCGUGAGAUUGGGAAAACAAAGCUGCUUACCCAGAUCCCACACUGAAAAAAAAAAAAGUACAAACGUGCAGCUUUGAGCGAGCAAGCAUGGAUUCCAAGCUGCCACAGAAGAACAUGUCCAUGAAGGACCUGAAGGCUUUGGCUACAAAGCGGCUCGGAGUCUUUGCCAUAAAACAUCUUCCCAAGGACACAAGCUACGUUGUUGGACUAAGUCAAUCCAUUACAAACAACAAAAUAGCUGCAGCAUCGUCUGACAACAGCAUUUACCUGUACGAUGAGUACCUCAUGCAGAAGGGCAUAUUACAAGAUAAGAUGAAGGAGGUGACAGGGGUGCGCUUUAGCAUCUCCAACCCGAACCUGGUGUACAACUCGUGCAGGGACGGCAGCGUCCGUGUCUGGGACCUCCGAAACAUCCGACAUCCAGUCUCCAAGUUUGUUGCCAACACAGAGGGAAAGGUGAAGCCGUUGUCAUGCUUUGACUUCAACUGCAACGAGCAGUUUUUGUGUGCCGGCACGGACCUCUACGAUGAGAAUUCAUACCUACUUUUCUGGGAUUUCCGGAGCAACAAAAUCCUUGGUGGCUAUUGGGACUCCCAUAAUGAUGACAUCACUCAGAUCAAGUUCCAUCCGUCGAAGCCCAACUGCAUGGCCUCAUCCAGCAUGGAUGGCCUGGUGAACCUGUUUGACAUCAGCCAGACUGACGAGGAUGAUGCACUACAGACCACCCUGAACUGCAACUGCUCUAUUAACAAGAUGCAGUGGGUGAGGCACCGGACCGGUGAGGAGUUGAUCUCUGUCAUCACUACAGAUGAAGUGGUUCAGAUUUGGAGCCCUGACGAGGUUCGUCCAAGAAAAGUCAUUACCAGAUCAGACUUGACCUCGAUGUUCACUGAGCCAGUUCGAGUUGAUCACAUUGUGGAUAAUGUAAUGUUUGAGGACAAGAUGUACAUCACGGCUGGCUCUUCCAAGGGUCUCUGCCUUUUGUGGAAUGUAACAGAAGAGCCUGAGCUCAUCUCUGUUCUUUGGCGUGGCCACAGGGACUUGCCAAGAGUUUCGGCAUUGACCAAGUACUUCGUGGUUACUGGUGCGGAGGAUGGCAAUGUGUGCAUCUGGAGGCCAGAGACUGAGUGUCCUCCUCAGCCAGAUGAAGAGGAGUCUGAAGACGAAGUAGCUGAGGACAACUCUCGUGCCAGUGCUGAUAGAGAUGACAAGUCUGAUCAUUCCCGUGAUUGGUCGCGGUCAAGGAGCAGGUCACGGUCUCGUAGCCGAUCUCGGGGAAGGUCACGGGAUCGUUCACGCGAUCGGUCAAGGUCUAGGUCAAGAGGCCGUUCUAGGGCGCGAUCUAGGGAUAGAGGAAAGUCACGUGACCGAUCCCAUGAGAGAUCUCGAAGCCGUUCACGCAGGCGUUCAAGGGGGCGAUCAAGGGAUAAAUCAAGGGAUCGGUCCAGAGAUAGAGGAAGGUCACGAGGUCGUUCAAGGGGAAGGUCAAGGGAUCGCUCCAGGGGUAGGUCCAGGGGUAGGUCAAGGGACCGCUCUAAGGCAAGGUCACGAGACCGCUCAAAGGCAAGGUCACGGGACCGUUCCAGGGGUAGGUCUCAGGACCGCUCCAGGAAAAGGUCAAGAGACCGCUCUAGGAAGAGGUCCCGCGACAGGUCCAGGGGACGCUCAAGGGGGAGGUCGAGGGACCGCUCUAAGGAAAAGCCAAGGAACAGAUCAAAAGAUCGCAUUAGAGAACGAUCUAGAGACCGCUCCAGGGGAAGGUCGAGGGAUCGCUCACGUGACAAGCACAAGUCAGACAGGGACCGUUCUAAAGAAAAGUCAAGCCGUUCCGACAAGGACAAAUCUGAUCGCAGCCGUUCGGACAAAAGCAAAUCCGACCGAGAAAAAUCUGAUCGGGAGCGAUCAGACAGAGACAGGUCAGAGAGGGAUAAAACAGACAAUGAUAAGUCGGACAGAAGCAAAAUGGACAGGGACAAAUCGGAGAAAGACAAAAGUGACAGGAGUCGCUCAGAUAAGGGUAAAUCUGACAAGGACAAAUCCGAUAGGGACAAGUCAGAUAAAGACAAGGAAAAAUCUGAAAGGGAUAGCAAGUCUGACAGAGAUGGUAAAUCUGACCGUGAUAGCAAAUCUGAUCGGGGUAAGUCUGACAAAGAGCGUCCUGAGAAGGCUGAUAAAGGAAAGGCUGAGCGUGACCGUUCUAAAGAUAGGUCUGAUAUCAAGGAAAACAACAGCUCCGAACGAAACAAGACAUCGGACCGUGACAAGUCUGACAAAAUGGAUGGUGAGAAGCAAGACAGAGAAAAUUCCCACCGGGAUAGGUCUGAUGGUGAGAGCAAGUCUGAUGGAGACAAGUCUUCAAGCAAGUCUGACAGAGUAGAAAAGUCAUCUCACAAGAUGCCUUCAUCAGUAAAAGAAAAGUUGAGCUCAUCACAUAAUAGCAAGCCGUACUCAAGAUAGCCACCAAGUGAUCAGCGUUGGAUUGUGAUGCUUGUUUCAUUCAUGAAUCACUUUGUUGUGUGCAUUUUUUUUUUUUUUCAAGAAAAACUCAUGUGGUCAUGAUUUUUCAUGCACUGCUGUCCAUUUCUUGGGAGUCUUCUUUUCAUCCCCCCUUUUUCUCCCUGGUUACCACAAGUGAUGUUGUGAUCCUGCAUUUUCAUUGCUACAAGGCAUUCAUACUUGCUACUGUAGAUUUUGUGCUUCAGUGUCCAGGAAAUUUUAGCUCAUGAAGCCUACAAUGCAAGGAACACUAUUCUGCAUCUUUAAGGAACUAUGUUCAUGUGAGUGUGUGGAAUAUAUGUCUGCCAAAAUCACCGACUGUCUCUUGGCUGAUAAAUUCGGUAUUGAAAAAUA